CACCGCAACAGAGCACCGCCGCCACAACUGUGAUGGCGAGGGAGAAUUUGAUGAAGGGAACUACAUCACAGGAAGAUCAAUGGAUGGUACAGAGUCAAUGUUUCCGACUUUACGAUAUUGUCUAUCACCUUCCUCCCCAGGCUCAAUCUAUCAAUUUCGAGGUUCUGCGCGAGAAUCACAUUGAGUAUCUUACUGAAAGUCUGAAGCAGCUCGGCCGUAACUUUUGUGUUUUGGAUGCUAACCGACCCUGGCUCUGCUAUUGGAUCAUACAAUCCAUUGCUUUGUUGGGGGAUUGUGUUGACGACAAAUUGGAAAAUGGCUUUAUUGAUUUUCUCAGCAGAUGCCAGGACCAAGAUGGUGGAUAUGGUGGUGGACCAGGUCAGAUGCCUCAUCUUGCAACAACUUAUGCUGCAGUUAAUGCACUUAUUACCGUGGGGGGUCAGAAUUCUCUAUCAUCAAUAAAUAGAGAAAAGCUGUAUGAUUUUCUGUUGCGAAUGAAAGUUGCAAGUGGUGGCUUCAGGAUGCAUGAUGGUGGAGAAGUAGAUGUCCGUGCUUGCUACACUGCAAUAUCUGUGGCCAGUGUUCUUAACAUUUUGGAUGAUAGGCUAAUACAAAAUGUAGGAGACUACAUCGUAAGUUGCCAGACUUAUGAAGGUGGUAUAGCUGGUGAACCUUUCUCAGAAGCUCAUGGUGGGUAUACAUUUUGUGGUUUGGCUGCAAUGGUAUUGAUCAACGAGGCUGAUCGUUUGAACUUGCCUGGAUUGCUUAACUGGGUGGUGUUCAGGCAAGGAAUAGAAGGUGGGUUUCAAGGCAGAACAAAUAAGUUGGUUGAUGGAUGCUACUCUUUUUGGCAGGGAGCUGUGGCUGCAAUAAUUCAAAGACUACAUGUAACGGUAAAUAAACAACUGGGCCUUCCAGAUACCUUUGAGCUCGACUGCAGUACAGAAAGUGGCAAUGAGUCUUCGGACAAUGAUGGAGAAGUAUCAGAGGGGUCUUCUUCGCCAGCAGACAUCUCUGAACCCACAAAAGGAGAAAGCCACAGUGCUUCUGCUGCAAUGGGGUUGAAUAAUGGUUAUGAUUUUAUCAAAAGGCCCACAGGCAUGAAACCUCUUUUCAAUAGCAUGGCGUUGCAGCAAUACAUUCUUCUCUGCACGCAGGAGGAGGCAGGUUUCAGAGACAAGCCGGGGAAGCGGAGAGAUCACUAUCAUACGUGCUACGUUCUCAGCGGACUCUCCGUCUGCCAACACUGCAACAAAAGAGAUUCAGAUUCUCCACCUCUGUCUAGAGAUGUAAUGGGGCCUUAUUCCAAUCUGGUAGAACCUGUUCAUCCUCUGCAUAACAUAGUUUUAGAUAAAUAUUAUGAAGCGUACAACUUCUUCGCGAGAGCCUAGGAAUUUCUAGUUUUUUUAGUUGUAUCAUGAAAAGUAUUAUGUAACAAUCACUUUUAAGUUAUAAUGAGGCUCACCCUUGAGUAAUUGACAUUUGGAA